AUGUUCAGAGGAUCUAAAACUCCCCUGAAAGUUAAAGAAAAUGAACAGAAGGAAGAGGCCUCUUUCCCUCUGUCAAGAGCCCAGAAGAGCUGCAAAGUGACCAAAUCCAAGGCCAUCAGACCAUCCAAGAAGGAGAAUUUCACUGAUGGGACCCAGACACGGUCACCAAAACGUGCCCUGAAGUGCCCCAAAGGCCCCGAGGAGCAGAAUCUGUGUGGCCCCCAGGGGGCUGCUGGGGGCUGGCAGCUCGGGGGGGAUCUGCUCCUCACUGAGCCCCCCUUGCACACCGGGGAGGAUUUGUCCAGCAGCCCAGCUGCUCCCUGGGGAAAUGACUUCUCCACCCCUGAGAGGGACAAAGUGGAGGCAGAGCCUGAACUUGGACUCUCUGAGCAGAGGAAAAAUCCCAUUGGCAUUGCUGCUGGCAUAAGUGCUGAGUGUGGGAAUGCUCAGGAGAGUCUGGGAACACGACCCACGGGGACUUCCCCAACUUCACUAAAGUUGAGGAGAAGAUCAACCAUUGGCUUGAGGGGAUCCCCAGAAAACAACACCCUGAUCCGGUACCUGGCGCAGCAGAGGAGCAGCAGGCACACAGGAGCCUUCACCCAGAUCAGUCCUUUUAAACCUGCAAAUGUGAGGUCUCUGAAGGACAAGAUCAACACUUUCCAAGCCUCCUUUGAAUCCCUGCAAGAAGCUGAGGGGGAGCCUGGGCUCCCCUCCCAGGAAGGAGGUUCCUCUCAGAACAAAGCACCUUUUAAAAAAGAGCCAGACCUGGAGCAGUGGAGUGAAAAGUUCAUGCUGGGCAACAAAGGAGCUGCUUGGAAAGAAAAUGUAAGAGAAAAUGGGACCAAGAGCAGCAGGAGUGAGCUCAGGAUCUGCAGCAUCUUGUCCCCACAAGGAGCUGGGACUGUCACUGGGCCUGCUGCUGCAAAGGAAUGGGUUUGUGAGCAGCAAAAUCCUCUUAAAUCCUUGGACCCUGCUGUAACUGGAGAGAGCCUGGAAAGAGACCAUGUGGCCGGGUGUGGGCCCAGUGGCACUGGAGAUGCUGUGUCAGCCCUCAGCACGAGGAAGGCUGGGGCUGUGGAAGAUGAGAGCCUGGCACUGAGCACUCCCAGCACUGCCCUGUGCCAGAGCAGCUCCCUGCUGAGAUCCAUCCUGAAGAAAACCCCAGCCAAGGAGCUCCUGGGCAGCCCCAGGGAAUACUUCAACAGUGCCAGUGAUGGAGGAGGAGAUGAAUCUGCUGCAGUCUCCAAUUGUGUAAAAGCCUCUGAAACAUUGCAAACAGAGAGAGCUGACAGUCAGAGCUCCAAAACACCAAAGAAGAAAAAAGUGACUUUUGGGGAAGUUCUGAGCCCCGAGAUCUUUGACCAGAGCCUUCCAGCCAACACCCCCUUGCGCAGAGGGGCCUCCCCAGGGUGUGCCCAGGGCCAGAGCCCCUGGGCAAGGCCAGGCCUCUCCAUGGAGCCUCUGCCCCUGCUGGAUCUUGGCUGGGAUGAGGAAGGUGUUGAGCCUCUCCCAGAAUUCCUGGAAUGUUCAGAAGCCCCUGCAGAAGCCCCUUCACCUGUUGAAAUUGCAGAAGUAGCAGAGACUGACAAACCUGAUGUGGUAACAACUCGUUCCUCUACUAAGAGGAAGCAGUGCAGGGCCAUGGCACAGGAGCCUGAUGGGAGCAGCUCAGGAGCCACAAACCCUGAGAAGGACAAAGACACUGAAAACCCAGGAAGGAGCAAGGUUCAGAGACAGAGGAACCCAACCACAGCUGCUCCCAAGAAGACCCAGAGAAAAACCCGCCCAAGCUAUGGGAAAAGAAGAAAGAAAAAAGUCAAGAAGUCUUUGUAUGGGGAAAGAGAAAUGGCUUCUAAGAAACCCCUUCUUAGCCCUAUCCCUGAAAUCCCAGAGGUUUUCUCUUCUAUGUCCUCUCCAGACUCACCAAAGGCAGAUGCACUUCUUACAGAGGGUGCAGGUGUGGCUGAUCCCAGGUGCAGGGACACUGCCCAGGAGCCCCUGGCUGGAAGGAUGCGUGGGCAGGGGCUCUGGGCAGCUGCUCUGUGCCCCAGCCCUGGGCUCCUGGAGGAGGCAGCAGCCCCCAGCUCUGGGCCUGGAGACUCUGAGGUGCCAGGGAGCCUGGACUCUGCUCCUGAGUUUUCAAACGCUGUGCCAGAUGCAGAAGGUGAUUUUGAUACAUCUGAUUAUUUUCAGCAAGGCAAAGAGACUCCAUGUGAAAAAGAAGCAGAAGAAAGCAGUUCCUUGAUAGAAAAGGAAGAAUUACAAGGAAAUCUCUUAGGUGGGCUGGAAAUUCUGGAACAACAGGAGGGUGCCCAGAGAGGCAGGUGUCCUCCCAAGGACUCUGGUAGACGUGAUCCAGCAAGGAGGAGAAGAAGAAGCAGCAGUGCCUUCUACUUCCCUCCUGUUGAGAACUUGGAAAUUACUGGGGCUGAUCUUGCAGUUUGCUCUUACAAUGUGGAUGAAGUUUUCUCAGCCCCCCAGGCCAAGGAGGGGCCCCUGCAGGCCGGCAGGAGGAGGAGCAGGGCCAGCGCCGAGCUCAGGGUGAGGCGCAGCAUGAGGCUGAGCAAGGACACAGCCAGCAGGGGCCUGGCCUGGAUUCAGCUUCCCGGUGAGAUUCCCAGGGAGCCUCCCCUGCCCGCUGCUCCCAAGGGCAGGAGAAGCAGCAGCACAUCCAUCCUGGCAGGCUCUGAGAAUAUUCACCCCAGGGAGCACAGCCUGCCCCCCUUCCCAGCCCCAGGGAAGGAGAAUGAGGCCUCUGCUCCCCUCGCUGCACGUCCUGGCAGGAGGUGGAGGAGGAGAAGCCUCUGUGAAGCCACAGCUCAAGAAACAUCCUGGGCUCCCACCCAGAGAAGGAGAAGCACAAAUUCUGUGUGUGGGAAGGACAGGAGUGACCAAAAACACUUGGAAGCAGCAGAAACUCUUGAGCUAAGGUUGAAAGAUGCUUCAGGCAUCUCUGAUUUUCUGAAGUGA